UACAAUGGAAAUGCUUAUUUGAACCUAUGAUUUAUCUCUUGCCUUAGGUUUACAAUGGAAAUGCAUAACUGGUACAAAAGCUUUUGUCCUACUGCUGUUGAGCGCAUGAUAGGGAGGAUGAACUAGCUAUUUGUUAAUUCUAUACGUACUUUGUAUUUCUCUUUUGUGAUAUCUUUCCCCUGGGUUCGUCCUAUAUUGUUGUAUGGCAAGCAUGUGGCUUAAGUUCCAUAUCGAUUAUGCAUUUGCGCUGUAUUUUUGCUAUGUCUUGACUUGGGUAGCAUUUGGCAUAAGUUUUAGACAAUUAGAACUUUGCCUGGGGCUGGGCGGAAUCUUGAUUCCCACACUGCAACCGCCCAUGCUGUCCUACCACUACAUAGCCGUUUCCAACAGACUCUUGCCGUCCUGCGCAGCACAGGAUGCCUCCGGAUGUAGAGUCGUACACCUGCACAUCGCCCCACAACAUUCUGCACCUCCUGAGCCUCCACUGCAAACCUACUCUGGUGAUCUGGCCUACCCCCCUGCCACUGCCCUCUACUCGCACUACGCUUCCUCCGCCGCCCUUCUCCAGCAGUGCAGCAGCAGCACAUUGCCCCCAGCUGCAGCCGCACGCUGACGCAGACGUCUCCUCCGACCUGUCUAGCUGCAGCCGCACACUGAUGCCUCAUCCGGCUGCUAUUGAACUUGUAAUGUAACUAUGAACAAUGUAAAUGGGAUAUUUGGAUCUAUCGUUCUUGAUAUGCUGCCUCAUCGUAUAUUCAUCUCUGUAGAUUACGUUUUCUUAUUGUUAGCUAGAGUUUUGAAUUUAUAGCCAGAGAUUCUGCUUGAUAUUUCCUGUGUGGAUUUAUUCACAUGCUGUUUUCUAUUGUAUAUAAUCAGCAUUUAGUGUUUCUAUUGCAUAUUCUUUUGACGUGGUUCAAGAACAUCUUAUUUUAUAUUCUACAUUCAUCCAUUGCAGCUUAAUUGUUUUAUUGGAUCCUACCUGGUCUUUUUGAUUAACUGCCUGCAUGAAAAUUCUAUAUUUCACUAAGAUAUGCGCAAAAGUCAACCUAGUUACAUAUUUCUGAUUCUUGCAGAAGAGGCGGUCGAAUGGCUUCCAGUGCACCAAAUAUCGUGUUUUGGCGUCUCUUCAAGACACUAACUGUAAGCCCUGCAUUGGCAUCUGGUGUGGCCAGCCAGCAUCACCAGCUUCAACAGCAUGCACCAGUGAGUGGCACAGCCAAGGGCAAAGCUAAGCUCAAAUCAGGCCAGCCUUUGAAGCGUUCCUCCAUAGCAAAGAAAGGUACACCUUCAACUGGCGGGGGUGGUGGCAGUGGCCGUGGUCGUCGUGAGGCCAUUGAGCGCAUCACUCAGAUUUCAGAGUCUUGUCUCAAUGCCCCUACUCCCCUGCGGCACUUGUCCCCCAAGGAGCAUCUUCGUGAGGCCAAACGUGAGGAGCUUGGACUCAUCUCGAAGGAGAGGCAACGUGAGCUUGAUAUGGCCAAAGCUAAAGCUAAAGCCAAAUCCAAAGGUACUGGUGGAGAUGAUGGGGGCCGCGUGUUGAUGGGUCCACCAGGCCUAGACUAUAUCAGUCUUGGGCUAGUUGAUGAGGAGGCAAUCCCCAAAUAUGAGCUCACAGUCGAGGAUGGUCGGCGACUUGCCAAAGAGUGCAGUCGCGUGUUAAUGAGGCGGCACCGUGCACGGCAAACAGCGGAGUCAACGCUUCUGAGGCUCAAAAAGGAGGCCAUUGCUGCACUCCCUGAGAAGCUGCAAGCUGCUGCUAUGGUACCUGACAUGACACCUUUCCCUGCAAAUCGGUACAUGGCAACACUCACACCACCAAUUGAAGGAUAUAUUGAAAAGGUGCGGGAUGCUGCCAAGAAGUACUCUGUGAAGGAGAAACUUCGCUGAGAAAUUCAAGGGACAAAAGUGUCUCCACAUGAGGUGAAAGAAUAUGUAAGGUAAUAUAGAAGAGCAGCCUUCACAGACUGUAUCUUUGCAUAGGCCACAAUUGUAAGGUAAUAUAGAACAGCAGCCUUCACAGACUGUAUCUUUGCAUAGGCCACAAUUGCCUUCAGGAAUCCCGAAUUGAAGAGCAGCCUUGCAUCGGACUCGCUGAUCUGUUUCCUUUGUCAGAUUUUUGGAUGCGACGCUAAUGCGUAGUUGUAGCUAGACUGUCAAUUUCCCUUGCGGAUUUAGGAUGCUUGCUGUUGACAGCCACUUCUUUAAUAAAGGCGUCAAGCAUUGAGCUUGAAGAAUCUGACACCUCACAAAUAACUCAUAGCAUUGUCAUGUUCUAAUUUCCGCCUAGACCUUGCUUUCAUUUUUUUUU